CGUGCACCCGGGCCCCCAGCCCUCGCACCGCCCGGUUGCCGUGGGAACCGCAGAGCGCGGCUGCGUCCGCAGACCCAGCUGUGAGAGGUUCCGAGGCCCGGGCAUGGAGCUGCCGGAUCCGGUCCGCCAGCGGCUGGGAAACUUCAGCCGGACCGUGUUCAGCGACUCUAACCGGACCGGGCCGGAGUACAGCGAGGGUCCGGAUAAUGAAAUGGUUUCCAGUUUGGCAUUGCAGAUGUCACUUUAUUUUAAUGCCUACUUUUUCCCACUUUGGUGGGUGAGCAGCAUUAUGAUGCUUCAGAUGAAGUAUUCAGUCUUGCCUGAUUACUACAAAUUCAUUGUGGUCACUGUUAUCAUCCUAAUAACCUUAAUUGAAGCUAUCAGGCUGUAUCUGGGCUACAUGGGGAACCUGCAGGAGAAGGUUCCUGAGUUGGCUGGCUUUUGGCUUUUGAGCCUUCUAUUGCAGUUGCCUUUAAUUCUUUUCUUGCUCUUUAAUGAAGGCCUAGCGAAUCUGCCCUUGGAAAAAGCGAUACACAUCAUUUUCACUAUGUUCCUUACUUUCCAAGUUGUUUCAGCAUUUCUUACCCUGAGGAAAAUGGUAAAUCAACUGGCAACUCGUUUCCACUUUCAAGACUUUGACCAGCUCUCUGCAAAUAGAGAAGGCAUGAGAAGAAUGAGAUCCUGUAUAGAAGAGAUUUGACCCAGUGCUGUUGAGUGAAAAUUUGGAAGAUCAUUCUAGAAGACUGCAAGAGUUAGGAAAACAUUAGAGAUCUAACAUAAGAGAAAGGACAAAGCAAGUGUUUUUUUUUUUUUGUGAGGAAUAUCAGCCCUGAGCUAACAUCCAUGUCAAUCCUGCUCUUUUUGCUGAGGAAGACUGGCCCUGGGUUAACAUCCAUGCCCAUCUUCCUCCACUUUAUGUGGGACGCCGCCACAGGAUGUCCUGACAAGCGGUGCGUCGGUGCGUCCCCAGGGUCCGAACUUGGGCCGCCAGCAGUGGAGCGCGCGCACUUAACCGCUACGUCAUGGGGCCGGCCCCCAAAGCAAGUGUUUUGAAUUGCAUACUCUCUAGCUCUGAAACUCCAAAGUUGAGGGCAAUAAGACUGUACAGUACGUGAAAACAGUAAGUCAACCCUGAAGCCUAGACAUUGUCCACCUGAUGCCAAAUACCUUAAUUUUGUUGUUGUUGUUGACUUUUUCAGGUGUGUAGAAAUCUGUAUGGAUGGUCACAGUUUACCAGGUGUACUGCAAUAUUUCUAGUUAGCACUUUUAACUAGAAAUGUGUAUAUUUCUUUUGAACUUGUUGGCUAUCCAUGUCAUGGCAGUACAUCUGAAGCACAUGGAAAUGUUUGUUAAUAUUCUGGUCUAUUAGACUAUAUUUGUAAACCGACACACCAAAUUUUCAUGUCUGCUAGGGUUAAAUUCUAACCCUAAGUCUUAGCUGUUAUACUGAGGUUAAGAAGAAAAUGGGUAGAUUAUCAUGGUAUUUAGGAUAAAUUUUUAUCAUAAAAUUGCAACUUUCAUAAAACCAUGUUCAGUAUUUAUGGUAGUGGUGUGCAAAAUGUCUUUAUACUAAAUUAUAAAAUAUUUAUGUUAAAGUAUGUGCAACAAAUGAUUCUUUUCUUGUAUAGUUCUUUUGUAUAGUUCUUGUACAGUGGGUUUUUUAUUUUUAUUACAGUUUCAAGGGAAAGAAGGAGAAAAAAAUUUAUAUUAGAGAGGCUUCUAGGUAGUAGAUAUUGUACUAGGCACAUUAACCCUUGUGAUCUCAUCUACUAAAUCAUUUUUCCCUGAAGAACUGCUUUAUACCCAGGAAAUUCACACGAGGCUUGAUUGGAAAACCAGGGUGCCUGUUAAUACAUAGUGCAAGCUAAGAUGGCCAGAGGGACUAUACUCAUGAUCUUUUGUUUUUUUGAGGAAGAUCAGCCCUGAGCUAACAUCCGUGCCAAUCCUCCUCUUUUUUUUUUCCCCUUUUCUCCCCAAAGCCUCAGUAGAUAGUUGUACGUCACAGUUGCACAUCCCCCUAGUUGCUGUAUGUGGGAUGUUGCCUCAGCAUGGCCGGACAAGCAGUGCGUCGGUACGCGCCCGGGAUCCGAACCCUGGGCCGCCGGUAGCGGAGCGCACGCACUUAACCGCUAAGCCACAGGGCUGGCCCCUAUACUCAUAAUCUUAAAUGACCAUGUUCCCUUGCUAAUAGGAGAGACCUAUUUAAGGAAAUUCUGUUAAGAACAAAGUUGCUUGGGUGUAUCUGAACAUUAUUUUUAAGUGAUUAUUGGAAUAUUUGAAGGGAUAUAAUAUUUUCUUCUUUCCUAUAGGGAAAUGAGCCUUUAUAAGUAAUGUAUUUUACUGAGAGACAGUGUUAACCUAUAUUGAAAAUUGUUCUUUCCAAUUUUCCUUUUCUGUAAUUCAUGCUCAUCUUAGGAUUUCCCUACUUUGCAUUAUUCAUUCUGAUACUGCUUAAUUUUUGAAAAUGUUUUCACUUCCCACUCUUAAUUACACCUGACCAAACUAUUUAUGCUAAUUUUAUUAUUUCUGCUUUUUAUUAUUCUAUAUAAAGUUCAGUCAAAGAUUUCUAUCCCAUGUACUGGCUGAUUAACCUUUCCCCUAUACCAAAGUUGUCGUUAGGUAUACUCCAAUAAUUUGAAAUUCAAAAUGGAAUUCUGUUUGGAUAGUUUUCUAAAACUUAUAUUUGUUUGCAUUUGUUUCCAGACGGGAAUAGUGAUUCUAUGAGAAAAUAUAAAAUAAGAAGACUAAAUCUACAUAGCAGAUAAAUUAAGGGGAUGAUCAACAAAGACUUUUCUAUUUAACAAUUGUUUACAGAGUUUUAUUUUAAACAUCAGAGCCUCUGAUACAUUUGAACGUUAAUUUAGGUUUAAGAGAUUAAUAGCUAAAAUG